ACUACCAAACGGAAGUGGAGUUAGAGAGGUGUAAACAACUGAACUUCCGAAACUGACCGUUAUCACCAGUAAAAGUUUUACACUGGUUUCAAGCUUAUAUUGCUGAAGUAAAGGAGAUAUGAUUCAGUGAAGUGAUUGAUUGCCAUAAAUACAUUGACCUGCUUCAACGACUUUAAAGUGCAGGUAGAUUAGUCAAUACUACUGGAUGGGCUGGGAUGACAUAUAUUGAACUAUUUGAGGAAUUCUAAGUAUCUUGACGUGAUGUUAACAAUGUGGACAAUUACCUCUCUGUGUUUCUUGUUCUUUGGACAGUUUGUCCAAUCACAAGCUGCUGGACAGUUUUCCCAGGAUCCUGAGUGCGGAAAGACCCGUGGUUGCUACAGCGACUGCGCCAGUGGGUGUACCUAUGAGGUGACCUGGAAGGACAUGGGAAGCUCUGUGGCCUUCACCAUGAAAUUUGACCUUGGGAGUGACACAUCUAGGUGGACUGCCAUUGGACUGUCCCAGGAUGUGAAAAUGGGCAAUGAUGAAGUGGUAGAGUGUCAUAAAGAGCUGUCAGGUGCUGUCAAAAUGUACAGAUCUCAGAAUACGGGAAAACGUCCACCCACCCCUCUAGCGGGGACCGAUUUACAGCCGACCCAGGGGUCAGUAGACGGUAGUGUCCUAUUGUGUGGAUUUAAUUUACUGAAGUCUGCGUCACUCAAUCUUGAUGUCGAUUCCUAUCUUUUCUUUGCCAACGGAGCUUUAUCAGGACCUGACAAAAGAAAACAUUCGACCACACCAAAGAUAUCUCCCAGUGUUGUGGACUUCCAGUCUGUACAAGUUAUUGGGGGAUCAGCUGUUCAAAUCCUCAUCAAGGUUCAUGGUCUGCUGAUGAUUGCGGCCUGGGUAUUCUUUGCCAGUGUAGGGGUGGUGCUGGCCCGGUACUAUAAGCCAGUAUGGGCGGAUAGAAAACUACUUGGGGAAAAGGUCUGGUUUCAGAUACACCGUUUUCUGAUGGUCAUGACUCUGUUAUGUGUUGUGGCUGCCUUUGUUGUUAUAUUUGUACAAGUUGAAGGAUGGAGCGACUUUGGGGAUGCAGAUGAUUUCAAAAAGGCACACCCCUACAUGGGGGUCAUAGUGACUGCCCUGACCAUAAUGAAUCCACUGAUGGCUUUGUUUCGUCCCCACCCUGAUGACAAAAAUAGAAUUAUCUUCAACUGGGCUCACUGGUUUGUGGGAACAACCGCCCGUAUACUUGCAGUGAUCACAAUUUUCAUCGGAGUGACAUUGUCCGGAGCUGAUGCACCAGAAUAUGUAGUAUACAUUCUGGCAGCGUAUACAGCGUACCAGCUAUUUAUAGAACUAGUGCUGGAGUUUCAUGAAUGUUUUGUUGUCAGAGCAAAUAGCAACAGAGAAUCUGUGUAUGAAAUGAAGAAAGUAUCUGAACCUGACCAGAGUUCCUCAGCAGUUGUUCCCCGGGGGGAACCAUUCAAGAAAGUAGCCAUUGGAUUGCACACUCUCAUGAUUCUUGGUUUUACGCUGGCUAUAAUGAUAAGUGUGGGAAUAAAUUAGAUCAGAUAUCAACAGAAAGUGUUCCCUUCCUCACAGGAUAACAUCAUGGUAAACUGAAAAGCUAUACACUAAAUCAAACCAGAGCUAUGAAUAUAAUGUGAUUAUAGUUGAAAUCCUUCCUCUUUAUUGUUUCCAAAUAUGCCCAGUUUUGCAUAAGUAAAUAUACAUUUUUGAUAUUGAAUAAAAGAUAUUAAAGAAUAAGUUGGCAUAAUAGAUUUUUUAUAGACUAUGAAUCUGUAAAUAUGCUGAUCAUUUCAUGUUAUAUUGACUUGUUUAUAUUUAGGUUUUGUUUUCUUUUUAUUUACAUGUAUCUUUUUUUUUAUCAUACAUUGAAAACAUGUACAUUUAGAUUAUUUCUUUAGUUUCUUAGAAAAAAAGUUAAAUAUAUAUUCAA